AUGGUGUUGACAGGUACCCGAUUAUUCCUAAAAUCUACCACAACCACAACAACAAAAAGAAUCAUCUCUCACCUCUCAUCAUGUAUUCAUCCAUUCAUCUCAUUUCAACAAGUCCGAUCCUUUUCAUCCCAUUUUCCUAUUGUGAAGAAACUCUCCAAUCAUUAUGAUCCUUCUAAUCACCAUGAUCAUCCUUCCAAUCCUUCCUCAUUACUGUUCUCAGUACCCUUCUCCUCUCUUACUCAUUCUCAUCCCUCUUCUCUCAUUUCUUUUAAAAAUAAUAUCAAACACAUGAAAGGAAUGAAUAUAUGUGCAAAAGAACAUGAAUCAUCUAUUUUUGAAAAGAUGCAAGUCGUAAAGGGUAAUGCUACUACUAUUACUACGACGACUGCUAGUACUACUACUCCUACUACAACUCCUACUACUACAACUGCUAGCACUUGUACAACUCCCACUACUGACUCAUCUCUCAAUCAACACCAUGCCUUAGUAUAUCCUUUUCAAUACAUGGACACCAAUAAUGGUUCUAUCACGACGACUACUCGUAAAAAAAUUACAGUUUGCAUUUUAGGAUGGUUAGGAGCUGAUUGGAAACAUUUUGAUAAAUUUGUUCAUUGGUAUGAUUAUUGUAAUAUUGAAACAUUGAGUACCAUUCCACCCAUUUUAAGUACAAUAUCACCAAAUCAUACACGACAAGUAUGUGAUGAAUUUAUCAAACAAAUGGAAGAAAAGAUUGAUUGUACAACUGAUACUACUUGUAUUGUAUUUCAUGUAUUGAGUGGAAAUGGAAUUCACAUGUUCUCUCGAUUAUUGGAAAAUGAAAAAUUUGUGACAAAAUUUUUACCUCAUGUCAAAGGUCUCAUUAUAGAUUCAGCACCACCCUUAUUUAACUAUCGUAGAUUUACUGAGGGAUUUGUAGGUGCUAUUAAAACAAGUGUUUUGAAAUCUAACCAUAGAACUAGUAGUAGUAGUAGUCAUGGUCAUGGUCAUAAAACUAGUCAUGGUCAUAAAACUAGUCAUGGUAGUAAUCAUCAUUCGAGUGGUACACAUCAUUCGAGUGGUAGUAAUAGCAAUCAACAACAACAUGACAACAAAUCAUUAACACCCUCUGAACGCUAUGAACAAAGUAGAUCCUUUUACAAACAUUGGUUGUUAACUCCAAUUGUUGAAACUACAUUCAAAUUCUUUUUUAAUUAUUUAAAUUAUUCAGAGAAAUUUGAGAAAUUGGAAGAAAUUCUUGUAAGACACACAAAACCCAUUCCAAAACUAUUUAUUUACAGUCAUGGAGAUGUACUUGUUCCUCACAGUGAUAUUGAUUAUUAUAUUUCUAAACAUUUCAUUCAAGAGAGAUUGGAACAAGUGACAACAGUCCAUGCUCAGAAUAUGAACAAUCAAACAUUUGAAUGGAUGAAUGAAAGUAAUGAUGAUCCAUUGUUGUUACUCGAUGAAUUAGUCUUUGAUGAUUCUGAUCACGUUUAUCAUUUUAAAAAGUAUCCAAACAUUUAUAGUGCGAGAGUGUUGAAAUUUAUUAGCAAGUCUUGUCGAGUUAAGAAUCCAUGA